AUGCAGGCUCUGACGGAGAAAGAUGCUCUGCAGCUGACGUAUCGUGCGCAACGACCUGCAACUCGCCGUGUCACUGGAAGACAGCCAAUAUCUGACCGUGCAACAGGCGUUGCUAUCCCAGGAGCUAGACAAGAUAAGAGUGACAAAGUGGAAGGAGGAAGGCAGUUUGUUCUGUCCAGCGCUAAGCAGCUCUUGUCUGAUCCCCAUUAUUAUGAAGGUGUAACUAGCGCUGGCAAAAGUGGUGCUGGUGUUGGUGGUGGUGAUGACACAGUUGACACAGACAUUCUGGAAAGUUGCAUCGUAAUUGGGAACGCUGGGCAGGGAAAGACAACACUGAGCAAACGAGUCAUCGCCGACAUCAUGGAGACAAAGACUGGGAAUCUGGCAAAGAUUGAAUUCAUUUUCUACGUGCCAUGCCGUGAUUUGACACGUAUACAGUCAACAGAUUGGUGUGUAUUUCUUGGUUUGGACCAGUUGCGCAUCAGUACACAGGACCAAUCUUCACUGCUCAAUUACCUCUCUGAGCAUUCCGACCAGGUAUUGAUCAUUAUUGAUGGCAUCGACGAACUUGGCAGUGGUGGGUUUGGCAAAGGAUCAGCAGCCCAAGCUGUAAUAUUGAGGAGCAGCAGCAGUAACUAUUCACUACUACCUGAUGCGAUUGUAAUCGCAACUAGCCGACCAUCUGAUAAAGCGUAUCAGCACAUACAGCAUUUCCGCUUACGUUUUCGACUCCUCGGCUUCUCGGCAGACCAGCUCUUUGCGUACUGCUCACGACGGCUCGGAGAGGAGGUUGCGAAGCAGUGCAUGGCAGAGCUCUCGCAGCCGACCAACUGUCUGCUGAAGGAAGCCAUUCGACAAUCUCCACUCCUAUGUGCUCUGCUCGUUCAGCAAUAUCCCAUCAACAACUCUCUACCCUCCAGUGUGACACUUUUCUACGACCACUACUUACGCUCCUCAGUCGCAAAGCUGGAAAAGCGACGAGGAAAGUUUGGUCAAGUACGGCUUGCACAUGACGUCAUCAGUCACUGCAGUGGUGGCCGGCACUUCAGUUGUGGUGAUCUUGUCAGUAUCCCCGUGGUAAUAGAACAUCAUUUGGAGCGCUAUGUGAAGGAGACAAGCAACAAUGAUGAGGAGUGUGAUCACCAUGCUGUGGAGCUAGUCAAGGCAUUGCACAAUCUCUACACAAUGUGUCUUGCAACAUAUCAAAGGGGCAUGGCUACGUUUACAUCCACGCUGUCAACCCUCCACCAGUCCAUUUGUCAAGAUCUCGGCUUACUGCUCAACCCUGGUAUGCAUCCGUCGUUCGUCGGUUCCACUCAGACUGUGUCCUUGACUCACUUGACACUGCAAGAGUGGUGUGCAUCGAGAUGCAUCAUUUCUUCUGACUCGUGCGCAGACAUCAUCCGCAGCUGCAUCAACACUGUCGGCACAGACUUGAACACACUUGUCUUCUGGCAGUUUGUCUUUGGAGCACUGAAGCCAGACAUUCUAUUUUCAUCAUUGUUGGCUCUACAGUCUGAAAACAGCAUCAGUGAUCAUACUGUCAAGAGCAAGAAGAAGAUGCUUCUGUUCAUGAUGAGAAGUUUGAUGGAAAACAGCAUUUCACUCCAACAUACCCACACUCAGGGAAAUCCCAAUCAGGACACUGACAUAGUCACCCAUAGCUGCUAUGCUCUGUCAGCCAGCCUCCUGGCAGGUGAUGGAAUUGAUGUUAGUGGAAUCCACCUUGAAGUUGUUGAUGUGAUGGCUUUACAUACUGUUUUGGAGCUUGUAGGCCAUGUAAAGUCUCUGGAUCUCAGCGGUUGUUAUCUGUCAAGUGACGGUGUCUCUUGGCUGUCUGAUCAACUGGAUAAAUGCGUCAAGGUGACUUUGUAUGAUGCCAAUCUCACUGCAGAACCAUUGGCAAGAAUAUCAAGCACACUGUCUACAUCAGAACAGCGUACCCUCCAGAUUCUUGACAUUAGCAACACAAAGUUGACCAGUGGAUCUGAAGAUGGAGCAGCACUUGCUGGAUGUGUAAAACACCCAAGUCUACUGCACCUGUACGCAGGCGGGACUCAGCUAGGCAAUGAUGGUUUGGCAGCAUUUGUGAGCAACUUGGCUCCGUGUGAUCAUCUCACACAUCUAUCACUGGGAAGGUGCAGUCUGGAUAGUGGAUGUGGAUCUGACCUGGCAACACUGGUUACAAAGUUACCACACCUUAAAGCUCUAUGGCUGAGUGACAACUCACUCUCCAACAGUGACGUGUCAUGUGUACUAUCCAGUCUCCAUUCUCAUGAUACCAUACGGCAUCUCUUGUUUGCCAACACCAGACUGACUGAUGAGCUAGCCGCUAGUGUGGUUGACUUUCUGCAAGCUCGUCGCGGUCGUGAGCACACUGGGAGCGCAAAACUACCAACGUGCAUUUUGUAUCUGAACAGCACUGGUGUAACAAUCCGUCUUCUACAGGAAGUGGCUACGUCUAGUCAAUGUGGUGGUGACGUAAUCGACAUUGGCAACCGCUAUGCUACUGGUACUUCAGUACGGUCUAAGUCAAUUGAAAAGCUUGUCUAUCAAUGUUAUGGUGACUUAGAAGGCAAGUGCGACGACUCCAUGAUGUCAUCACUUGGUCAGUACCUUGCAACCAACACUGACCUAGACCUACUGGACAUAGCCGAGAGUAAUAUCACCGAUGCUGGAGCAACUGCUCUGGCAACAUCUGGCCUUGCUCACAACAAAGUGCUGAAAUACCUUCGUCUGACCAGCAAUAGGAUACAGCUAUCUGGUGUUGUGAGUAUACUACAAGCAGUGACAUCACCACAAUCACAAUGUCAUGUCAGUGCAUUGGGUCUGGAGGACAACCCAGUGUUUCAUGAUAUACAGCCCAGUCAUGCUGAUUUCAAACUGCUAUGCCAGCGUCUCUCUGGAUUCCACCUGCUGCGCUUCAUUUCAUUUGCCAAGACGGGCAUGAGUGAUGAAGUUGGUGAAAGUAUCCUACGCUCUCUCCAUCACCAUGCGCCUAUUACAAAAAAAUGGAUGGAUAUGGCACACAAUGAGAUUGGUGAUGCCACAGUGCAUGCCCUGGUGGAUAUGAUGAGGAAGAACACAAGCUUGAGAUUGAUCAGCCUCGAGUACUGCAAGAUCACCGAUGAUAGCAUUCAAGCCAUGCUGCAGUCACCAGACAUCAUGAGGAUGGAGGGUGUACACUUGUACGGGAACCCAUGCUCUAUGGACAAGCUUCGACCUCCAUUGUACAAUUCCGUGCUACGGUAUAGCAAGUCUACUGUCCUGGAGUUCAUCUCGGAUUGAUUGCAGGAAGACGUUGCACAACAUCAGCAUAUUCCCAGGUAUGUGUUGUACAGUGUUGAUCAGUGUAUGAAAUACGGGUACACCUGUUUGUUGAUGAAUAAUGAUGAUCAGACAGACACUACACUAGUCACCCUAGCCAGACUCUCAAUCUACAGAUGUGUGUACUUGACCAGUACCAUAAAGUCUGCAGCAAACGUCCACCUCAGCUGGUCUGUACCAGGGAGUAGUAAAAUAACAGUAUUUUACUACAUCCUGGUCUGUACCAGGGAGUAGUAAAACGCCAUGCACACUAUCACUUCUGCGAUGCGAUGAGCGUCGAGCAAAAGUCUUUUUCGAAUCGCACGAAGAGUCUUUGAUGCACAAUGCAUGGCACAUCGUUGCAGGGCAUGCACAGUCCAAAACUGUACGCGAGCUGUCACGUGCGCCCGCCGUGUAGAAAGUGAUGCACAUUGCUCGUCGCUUGUCGCAGAAGUUGAACUAGGCUCAACUUUCCGCAAUGCGACCUGCGACGGAGGUGCGAUUCAAAAUCUUGCAGAAAAACAUUUUGAUCGCAUCGCUCGUCGCUCAUCGCGUCGCAUAAGUGAUAUUGUGCAUCGCGCUUUAGCCAGUUAGUUGUAGAAUGCCAGUAGCGUCGGUCAGUGUCGUGUAAUGUUAUCGCAUGAGCUGAUUGUUCAGUAACAUGUAGGCUUUGCACAGCAAAGUCUAGUUAGCCCUGGCACACGCGCAAUAUUGGCAUAUUGCUGUGAGUGUGUGUCACGUGACUGUCCCUGCACGAUUUACAAGCUGGCAAAAUUGUACAGACAUCCUGUUAGUGUUAUGGUGUCAUAUCGGAAGACGUGUCUUCUUCAAGCUCUUGAAUUGUCGGGAUGUGAAGGAGCGUUCCUUUGCAGUUGAUUUCUUCAUGUGUCAAAAUGCAGUUUUAGCUUUUAACCCAGGCCCACGGGUAGACGCGCAGGUCUGCGGGCAUACCUCUGCAUACGCACAGGCGCAAGGGCAUGCACAUGCGCACACACACACACACACACACACACACACACACACACACACACACACACACACACCUGUCCUGUCCUGUCCUGUUGAGCCACUGCCAUGAAGGUCACGUGGGCCCCGGAGGGGCAGCUGAGAGAGAGGAGGAGCACACAGCCCGGUGACGAUCCAGGUGAUGCGGUAAGCGAAAUCGGCGGGAGCAGGCGCAAACACACGUGAAACCCUGACGGUCCUGAACGGUCGGACGACUACAAGUCCGCGAGCAUCGAUGACGGGCGCGGCCACGUGUAGACGCAAAGCAGCGGUCACAAGCCUGGCAGUGAGCGACGCAGCACAGCGGAGAAGCAGGCAGCGGCAGGGGCGCACCGACUGCUGACUGGGGCCGUUGCUGAAGGAGUAGGCAAGGACAGAGCUGACGUAAUGUUCAAGUUUGAUCUACCAACCAACAGUCAAUGAUUGCACAACUUCCACUGAAUGGUGUGUGUGUGUGUGUGUGUGUGUGUGUGUGUGUGUGUGUGUGUGUGUGUGCGCGUGCAUGUGUGUAGGCGUGCAGCACACAUCACACUGAGUAUUGAAUUCACUUGAGUAGAAUGUAAUUUGUGUGUGUACUGUUUUCAAUGAUUGUAUUGUGUAGCAUGCAUGACUCUGCUGAAGAAACAGUUCAAUCAUCAGUUUUCUGCUUAUUCUAGGAUUUACGGAUAUAAUUCCUCACAGUCAAGUAUACACACAAGAAUACAUGAUGUUACUGGUAGUGCAACUGCUGAUGUUGCAGACAAUACUUCUGUUCAUACUGUUGCACACUACGUAGCUCUCCGCAGUCACGAUUCUUCUGUUGGUUUUGUUGAUGUGGUUAUUGUCACCAGCAAGUGCUGAGUACACUGUACAAUAGUCUUAUAGAUAUGUAUAUACAGUAUAAUUAUACUGAUGGUGUUCACUGAUCUUCUGCUUCUGCUCUGAUAGUCGAUUGCUGAUGUACGUGUUUGUCAAUAUUGACACCAAUGCCACCAUUUAAUCAAAUACAUUCAUUGUUGCUGGUGGUACGUUUGCUGGUGGUACGCUUGAUCACCUGUAGCCGGUACUGUAAAACCGGAAAGUUUAAAACCACCAAAAAGUUUACCUUUUUUUGUAAUUUUGGCAUGAUUACGUGCAGAAAGUUUAACGAUGGCUACCUGGCUGCCCAUCUGUAUGCGCAUCUUUACACAGACAUCUAGCGAUAACGUUUUUUGUCAAAUAACGAAAAAUCAAUUUAAAAAAUUGGUCGUUAAAACGUUAGACUUUGUGACUCGUUAGACUUUCCGGUUUUACAAUACUGUGCUGGUCCGAAUGACUGUGACCAAGAGUUUAUCUAGUCUUGCUGUGACCAAGAAUUUAUCUAGUCUUGCUGUGACCAGACGUGCGGUAACUCCAGUGCUCUCAGUCCACACUGCAUUUGCGGCCUUGCUGCAUCACCUCAUCACACAUGAUAAACCUGUAAUGUAUUUCCUUGAUCUCAA